UAUCAUGAUAUUUGUGAUUUGGUUUAAACAAGAUUAUUUUUGUACAUGGAUAUCUAUUAAGCUAAAACAUAAAUGUUCUGUGUGUUUUAUACAAUAAGCCUAUAUUGAAUGAAUUGUCCAAAUAACAAGUAAAGGGUUUUACUGAUCAUUUGCUUUUUAAGGUAUUGGAUUAUUUCAGUUUUUUUAGUAUUGCUUUUUCUAUUACUAAAAGAAAAGUAAAAAUAAAAAUUCUCAAGCAGAUAUAUUUAUAGAUCCGUCUAUGAGCAGUUUUUGAUGCGUUGUUAAAGUACUUCGAUUACUUCAUGGACCAAAAGAGAAAUGUUAUAAUCCUUAUAAAAUCAUAACAUGGUGUUAAUAUUAUCAUUCAUAGUUGGGUCAUAUUGGGUUAUAUUUCUGCCAUAUGCACAAUACAACAUAUGUUCUUUGGUUAUAAUAUUUGUUUUAGAUUUAUAUAUCCAGAAUACUGCUCAUUUUGUUAAGGUCUUCCUUAAAAAGACCUCCCUGAGAAUUAUUGUGAAAAUCUACUCUGAAUGAACUGAUAUCAAAAUGUUCUAAAUGUUGUUAAUAUUUUUGUUUAAACCAUCAUAUCAAAACCCCAAUUUUUAUCUCGAAUGUAAAGCAAAGUAAAAGGGUAAAUUAACGAGACUUUAAAUCCAAAAAGGCCAUUUUUACAUUUCGCCUCCUUCAUAAAAUUAAGGCAAAAAAAUCCCACUUUAUUAAAAUCAUCUGAUGCUGCACCUGUUGUAAAGUUCUGACAAAGCUAUAGAAUUUCACAGCAUUUUCUUUCAUUAUUGAUGGACUGCUGCUGGUGCUUCUUUAUGCAGUUUCGGAAGUAACAGAAUCUUAAGCAUGGCACGAGACACCGGCACACAGCGGGAUAAACUCGACCAUGCCUCGUGGCACCGCCUAUCGACUGCCUCUUUCAUUUCACAACAUGGCUUUUUAUAAAAGUUUUACACAGUGUGCAACAACACGCCAAAGCAUUUUCUAUUACCAGUGCACCUCCUGACAUUUCUCUGCCUUGCACUUUACGCGCUGUCCUGCUCGUGCUUUUCUUAUAAUCUUCUGUCUAUCCCUUUUACAGCCGUGUGCGUCGCGUAAUCCGCGUCGUCCAUGAUUUUCGCAGAGCUCUUCUAAUGCCCCUCAAAGCUGCAGCUGCCACGCCGGCCGGCCGCGGAGCGCCGCACGCUGCCAGUUGCUACAUUGAUCAAUAAUUUACCAGCUCGACGCCUCCCCGACCCGCUACCCCGGGUCGACUGAGGCGACGACCGAUAUUUACUCGCAGUUAGAAGACAAAAAUAGCGGACCGGACAUUUUACUCUCUCGUGUUUUAGAAUGCAGCGUCAGUGAGCUUUCGCCAAGCGAGAUCCUUUUGGCAGAUCCCUGUGGUGCGUCUACGGAUUAGACUCUCGCAAUGUGCACUAGCAGUGUCGGUGAGUGACUGCCGCGGCAUUUGAGGACGCCUCUCGCUUUCAUCUGUCUGACACUGAGGAGGUGUGUUACCAAUACGACGGGGGUCCCGUAAUGGAGCUACGAUCUUGAGUCGAACAACUGCGGGAUCUAAAGAGGGUUGUGCAGUUGCCCGGGACAAACAGGAAUUGACUUGAGGACAUAAAGACGAAAUAUAUCACUCACUGUCAAGCUCGGUAUCGUCUUCGUUUCGUGCACGCGGCUGCAAAAUUUUAAGCGCGCUCGUCGCUUCCCCGGCUGGCGCUGUUUUAGCGAGUCUUCCCCGUGCAGAGGCCGACGACAGCUGGAGAAUAUAUUCUUGUUUAGGUGUUUAUACCGAACUAUUCAAUUGAUACGAGCGUCAUCUGAAUAAUCCUUCAGUGGUUCCGUUCAGCGGCGCAGUAAGGUUUACUUUUACAAACUCUGGGAAACAGCCCUACUUGUUGAGUUCUUUUUUAGCUUCCGGUAUCUCCGAAGAAACCUACUGGUGCACCCGCUCCCUCUCUUCUUUUUUGGACGCCGAGGGUUUUAAAGAAAAAUGGGUCUUUGAGGAGAGCUGGCAAAUUCCCCUGAACUACAAUGGCCACAGAAUCAUAUCUGGUGCAUGACGGUCCCCGCCGAGCCCCGGGCAUCUCCGAGUGCUUCCUAGUGCCUGAAUCCUACAGGGAUGAAUUCCAUCCCUUCAUCGAGGCUCUUCUCCCGCACGUGCGGGCGUUCUCCUACACCUGGUUCAACCUGCAGGCCCGUAAGCGCAAGUACUUUAAAAAGCACGAGAAGCGCAUGUCCAAGGACGAGGAGCGCGCCGUCAAAGAUGAACUCCUGGGCGAGAAGCCCGAGAUCAAGCAGAAGUGGGCGUCGCGGCUGCUGGCCAAACUACGCAAGGACAUCCGUCCAGAGUUCCGCGAAGACUUCGUUCUUACCAUUACGGGGAAGAAGCAACCAUGCUGCGUGCUGUCCAACCCCGACCAAAAGGGCAAGAUACGUCGCAUCGACUGCCUGCGGCAGGCAGACAAGGUCUGGCGUCUGGACCUGGUGAUGGUGAUCCUGUUCAAGGGAAGCCCGCUGGAGAGCACGGACGGAGAGAGACUGGUCAAAUCCCCGCAGUGCUCGAACCACACCUUGUGCGUGCAGCCGCACCACAUCGGAGUGGCUGUCAAAGAGCUGGACCUGUACCUGGCCUACUUCGUCCACAUGCCAGAAUCUGGGCAAUCAGACAAUUCCAGUCAACAAGGCGACUCGGACAUCAAACCACCGCCAAAUGGACAUCUGAGUUUUCAAGACUGCUUUGUGACUUCAGGGGUUUGGAACGUAGCCGAGCUAGUACGAGUCUCUCAGACCCCAGUAGCAACAGCGUCAGGUCCCAAUUUCUCCCUCGCCGAUCUGGAAAGUCCUGGUUACUACAACAUCAACCAAGUAGCACUCGGCAGACGUUCACUCACCUCUCCACCAUCCACAAGGUCGGAGGUGGAGCUGUACGCCAGUCUUCCUCGGAGUUCUAACAAGCGCAAGUCUAUAGAUGACAGUGAAAUGGAAAGUCCUGUUGAUGACGUGUUCUACUCCAGUCGUUCUCCAGCCGGCACCAGCUCCCAGUCCAGUGGUUGGCCCAAUGACGUCGAUGCAGUUCAGCACCAUUUGACGAGUGUUCAGGAGAGGAAGAUAAAACAUGAGAAUGAUGGCGUGCAGUUCCCUUACCAUGGGUUGUCCUCUCCUGGGUCUCUAAAGAAGCCAGCGGGGAAAUUCGAUUUCAGCGCCCUGUCCGCACAGACGAGGUCCCCCCGAAUGGCCUUCACACACCACCCGCUGCCCAUGCUGGCAGGCGUGAGACCAGGAAGUCCUCGUGCCUCAGCCUCUGCCCUUCAUUUUCCUGCCCCCUCCAUCAUCCAGCAGUCCAGUCCAUAUUUCACCCACCCCACCAUCCGCUACCACCACCAUCAGGACCCGCUCAAAGAGUUCGUGCAGUUCGUCUGUGCCGACGGCUCGGGCCAGCCUGGGACACAGCCUAACGGGAGCGGUCAGAACAAACUGCCCGGCUCCUUCUUACUGCCACCUCCUCCGGUAGCACGGCCGGUGCCGAUGCCCCUCCCCCUGCCCGAGCACAAACCCUGCCACACACACCCUGACAGCGGAGUCGGCUCCCCGGCCUCGCCGUCAGCAUACCCAGCGUCAGGCUCCACAGCUUCCAACAGGUUUGUCGGCAUCGGAGCACGGGACAACUUUCUGAACAUCCCACAGCAGACUCAGUCAUGGUUCCUUUGACGAGACUUUUCAUGAAACACAGACACAAAAUGUCCAAUGAAAACUGGAAAAGGAGUCACAAAGCUAAGUAUGGAAGUUUCUCACACGCCCCUCAGAAGUCUCACACAAAACACACACGCAUCCUUUUCUCCGCAAUACCCUGCACCUUCAUUCGGAUCUAGAAGACUUCAGCAUUACCUUCGUAGUCUGGAGAGCUCAGUACACCGACGCCAGAUAAACCGAUGGAAGCCCCUCAAAGGAAUGACAAACUGACUAUCUUCACAAUGUGACUACCAGUGCAAUUUGUUCAUGCAUUCACCCCCCGUAUGCCGUGGUGAGAAAAGAUAGUCUCUUCCCUGUCAGAACUAAUUUGGAAAGAUUCCGCUUAAUUAACUGAAAUUAUUAAAGGGGACAUGAAAUUAACCUGGACGUGUUCAUCGUGGACUCCACAUUGAUUGGCACCGACUAUGGGUCAAAUGUCUGAUUGGAUAGGCAGGACUCGACAGGACUCGUCUAAUUGGCUCAGCCCAUUUUCAGUAUGGAUUUGCUGACAUUGGCGAUGAUAUUGGCGAUGCCUUCCAGUGCAGCGUGGGCUUGAUAUCCUCUCCUUGUUGACCUGCUGACCAGCAAUAGACUGCAAGUAAAACAACACUAAACGUGCAAUUUACCUAAACAUAUGCACUAUUGAUUUAAUCAAUAAUAAGGGAAAACGGAUUGGAAAUAUUUUUUCUGAGGUUAACCGGACUGGCACACACACACCGAUAACAUGCAAGCACACUUCAAUGACUGCACACGUCACAAUCAUAUUGAUACACAAAACUCAUAUCACACCUGCAUCACACAGAGAACUUCUGGUCUUACGACAGUAUCACUGCUAAACAAUCAUUUUCUUAAUCCGUCUUGCUGUCUUGUUUUUUUAGUUUCAACAUCCUGAAACAAGAUAAUGCUAUACUAAUAAAUUUAGGCAGCUGUUUAUCUUGAGUACAUUUUAUAAUACUAAAAGAACUUCUCUGAUCAAUUUGUUUUUAAAACAAAAAACAAUUGCCAGUGGGGUAGAAAAAGACAUCAUUCAGGUCAUAUAUAUGUUUUUUUU